UCACUUCCGGUUUGGGAACUGGACUGGGAGGCUUGAGAGUCCCGGCUGGAGCCAGACCUCGAGUGGGUGAGGCUGGCCCACGGGCAGAGAUGCGAGCGGAUUGAGGGGUAUCCCGAGUGGGAGAAGCUCCUAGGGGUGGGCCAGAGGGUGCUCUCAGGGCGCCUUAGCCCCGGUCCGAAGCCUCUGGAGGGACUCCUUACCGCUCCGAGAGUGACCUGGCCAGAAAGCGAAGACAAAGAGGCCGGAACCCCGCACCCGCCGCUCCUUGAGCUGUGCUCCGCACUCGCGAAUACCGCAGCCCUCGGAGCGCUUGGCCAGCACUCGAGCUCGUCUUCAGGAGACACAUGACUACUGCCCCCUCGGACUCCCUCUUUCCACCAACUCAGUGUGACUCUCCCCAAGUCCACCUGGCCCUCGCUUCAGAAGUCAAAACCAACUUCUCUCAAUGCUCGAGAUUUCCCGUCAGUAGUUCCCGGAUAUUUACUGAGCGAUUACUUCUGCUGUGAGGGAAAACAAAGACCCAGUGUUGUGAGGAAAUUCUUCUUACAGAGAGAGACUCAUCUGCAGGUGAUUCUUCAAGGACAUGGAAGAUAGGUGUAAACCCUGGAACCUAGACCCUUAAAUGGAGGAAAGCCGCUUUCUGCUGUGAAUGAUGGCCAAACCCACCCUGAGAGGGACUGGCACUAACUCUGAGACCUUCCGACAGCGCUUCAGGAGAUUUCAUUACCAGGAGGUAGCUGGGCCCCGGGAGGCUUUCAGCCAACUGUGGCAACUUUGCUGUCGGUGGCUAAGACCGGAGGUGCGCACCAAGGAGCAGAUUGUAGAGUUGUUGGUGCUAGAGCAGUUCCUGACCAUCUUACCUGGGGAGAUCCAGAAUUGGGUACAAAAGCAAUGUCCAGAAAGUGGAGAGGAGGCAGUGGCUCUGGUGGAAGAUUUAGAAAGAGAGCCUGGAAGACCUGGACAUUCGGUCACAGUCUCUAUGAAGGGGCAGGAAGUGCGCUUGGAGAAGAUGACACCCCUGAAAUCAUCACGAGAGUUAUUAAGUGUUCUGCAGGAGUCAGUGGAACCCCAGCCCAGGGGUGUACCCAAGAAAGAGAGGGCAAGAAGCUCAGACCUGGGACCACGGGAGCAGAUGAACCCACAGGAGAAGCUCAGACCUUUUCAAAGGAGCGGAUUACCAUUUUCUAAAUCCAUGGUCUCCAAAUUGGAGCAAGGAGAGCCAUGGAUCCCAGAUCUGGGCUCCAAGGAGAAGGAACUCCCAAGAGGCCGUCACACAGGAGACAGACAAUUGCAUGCUGAUCUGUUACCAUCCAGCAGAGAGAGAAAAAGCAGGGUGGAACAGGAUCACUGGGGCUUUGAGGAUGAGAAGGUGGCAGGUGUACACUGGGGCUAUGAAGAGACCAGAACACUCCUUGCAAUUCUCAGUCAGACUGAGUUUUAUGAGGCUCUCCGAAACUGUCAUCGAAACAGCCAAGUGUAUGAGGCUGUGGCUGAGCGGCUCAGGGAGUAUGGCUUCCUCCGGACCCUGGAACAGUGUCGAACCAAGUUCAAAGGUCUCCAGAAGAGCUAUCGGAAAGUCAAGAGUGGCCACCCUCCUGAGACCUGCCCCUUCUUUGAAGAGAUGGAAGCCCUGAUGAGUGCCCAGGUCAUUGCCCUGCCCAGUAAUGGCCUGGAGGAGGCAGCCUCCCACUCUGGCCUAGUGGCCAGUGAUGCUGAGACUGAGGAACCGGAGCAAGAGGGCUGGCAGCAUGAGGACAGAGGAGAGGCCAUGGCUGAAGAGUCUGACAGUGAUGAAGUGGGCCAGGAGGCCACUCCCCAGGACACCGACAACUCCACCACGCCUGUCCUUUUCCGAAGCCCAAGUGGUGUACACUGGGGCUAUGAAGAGACAAAGACCUAUCUUGCAAUCCUCAGUGAGACUCAGUUUUACGAAGCCCUCCGGAACUGUCAUCGCAACAGCCAGCUAUAUGGAGCAGUGGCUGAACGGUUAUGGGAGCAUGGCUUCCUUCGGACACCGGAGCAAUGUCGUACCAAGUUUAAAAGCCUGCAAACCAGCUAUCGGAAAGUCAAGAAUGGCCAAGCACCAGAAACCUGUCCCUUUUUUGAAGAGAUGGAUGCUUUGGUGAGUGCGGGGGUUGCUGCCCAGCCCAGUGAUGGCCAAGAAGAGGAGGCAGGCUCGUGCCCCAUCCAGACCAGUGAGGCUGAAGCUGAGAAGCAAGCUGAAGAGGCAGAUGAGGCCAUAGAAGAUUCUGAAGAUGAUGAUGAGGAUACUGAGGUACCCCCAGAGGCAGUGACCCGUGCUCCAGUCUUAUUUCAGAGCCCCAGUGGUUUUGAGGCUGGAUUUGAGAACGAAGAGAAUCAAACGGAUAUUUCUGAGGAAGUACAACUACAUAGAACAUUACUUGCAAGGUCUGAAAGGAAAAUUCCCCGGCAUCUUAAUCAGGGUAGAGGCAGUGAGAGUGAAUGUAGAUCAGGAAAACAGUGGGAAAAGAUCCCAUGGGAGAGAAGAGGAAAACCAACAUUCCCAGAGAAGAGUUUAGGUAAAGUUCUUAGUCAUCAGAAAGCUUACUUGGGAGAGAGACCGUAUAAAUAUCUCAGGUAUGGCAAAAGCUUUGGUCCAAAUGCCCACCUCAUGCACCAGAUAGCCCAUCAAGUAGAAAAUCCAUAUAAAUGUGAUGACUGUGGAAAAAGCUUCAGUCGGAGUGCACGCCUCAUUAGACACCGGAGAAUCCACACUGGAGAGAAACCUUACAAGUGUCUUGACUGUGGGAAAAGUUUCCGUGACAGUUCAAAUUUCAUCACCCAUAGGAGAAUCCACACAGGAGAGAAACCGUAUCAGUGUGGUGAAUGUGGAAAACGCUUCAAUCAGAGCUCAAGUCUUAUCAUUCACCAGAGAACCCACACAGGAGAAAAGCCCUAUCAGUGUGAAGAGUGUGGGAAGAGCUUCAAUAACAGUUCUCAUUUUAGUGCACAUCGGAGGAUACACACAGGAGAGAGACCCCACGUGUGUCCUGACUGCGGAAAGAGUUUCAGUAAGAGUUCUGACUUGCGUGCACAUCACAGAACCCACACAGGAGAGAAACCCUAUGGGUGUCAUGACUGUGGCAAGUACUUCAGUAAAAGCUCUGCUCUCAACAAGCACCGAGAGAUCCAUGCACGAGAAAAGCUUCUGUCACAGGUGGCACCUAAGUAAGCCCCUGAGGAUCAGUGAAGAAAACAGCUUCAUUACAUGUGUUGAAAUUGUUUGGAAAAGUCUUCCAAUAGUGAGAGCCAUCUCCUAACCUGUGCCUGACUAGUUUAGGAAAUACUCUAGAAUUUAUCCCACUGUUUGUUCCUGUGUUUCUCCUGGAUCUAGAGUCAAAUUCCCAAGGCAUUUUAAGAAUGAAAGGAAGAUUUCUGUCCAUCUCCUUGCUUGUAUUGACAGGUAGCAUGUUUCCUCUCAGGGCCUAUGUUGUUCCCUUAAUAGAGAGAACACGGUAGUAGAUAUUGUGAGUCUGAUGUGCUCCUUUCUUUACUCAUCCUGUUUUUACCUGCGUUUUGACUAGAAAAAACGCAUCAUAGCAGCAUUUCUAGGAAAGGUUGUGAGACUUCUCAGUGAAUGGGUCUCUUUAUGAGUAAUGAAAAUGCAGAAACUUACUUCUCCUGCUCAUUUAAGCCUGUGCUCAGAAUGACCUAUCUGUCAUGCACUCUUCAUUUAUCUUAAAGAAGGAGAGUUUAAUAUCCAUCUUGGUUCUGACCUAUAAAGCAUUUUGUCAAGAACCUAGGUAUACCAUAUGGGGAAACAAUGUAAACCUCAUAUAAAUAACAAGGUGUGAACUCUGGAUUUCUUAGUUUCUUCCAAGCUGUAGAAGCUUUGGAAUAAUAUUGCAUAUAUAGCAUCUAGUUUGAUUUUUUUUGUUUGGUUCAUCUUAUCUGAAUUGCAUCUCUCCUUUGUGGUCCAGAAGCCCAAAGAGCAAGCCAGCCAGAUGUGGUGAUAGGGAACCAGUUAAAGCUCCCAAGAUGGAAGUGUCCAUAUCCCACAUACUCUAAACACCUGGGCUAAUGUCCCCCCCCCCCCCCCCCGUGGACACUUAAUACUAACCUGCCAUGAGCAGAAGCCACUUGCCAUGCCACUCCCAUGGAUUGGGCAAAUAGACCACUUUGUGCCAACAACUCUUUACCUUAAUGGGAAGGAGGAUAAAUUGCCUUUGGUCAGUGGAGUUGACAAUACUUGCACAUACGUGCACAGGUGUUUCACUGUAUACCUCUAUUUUUUAAAGCAGCUCUUCAAACAAAAUGCAGUUCUAAUCAUUAUAAUCAAAUAGUAUUGAAUUAAUUGCCCACAUGUUCACAGUAGUAUGAUGAGCCUGUACAGCACCAGUUACACAGACCCUUUCUGUCCUUGAUGACACUGACAUGUACAGAGAGUAAGUACACAUGUAUAGCUGCAACAGUUUUAGAGAAAUCUAGAAAGCUAAGUAAUAACACUAUGCAUAAAUGUUAAGGUCUAAUGCAUUAGAGUUUGCAAAAAAAGUUGAGAGGUAUUGUCUUUAAUGAGGAAGGUUCCAUGAAGCAAGAAGUGUUCAGAGGGAAGGUUAAAUGAGGGUGGGAUGAACUUUUCAAAACUAAUUGCAAAACUGAGUGCUGACUGGGUGAGAAAUGGGAAACUAGGGGAGCAACAGAGCAAAGGGCAAAGACAGACUAUAAGGAAGGUUAGACAAAGCUUGGAGCAGCACAGAAUGUAACGACGUGGGCUGUGUAGGAGGCAGAGACUUGCCCUGGCUGAAACAUGGAGCACCAGAGGCAGACCAGGAGAUGGUGCCCCCACCUUACAGACUGGGCUGGGCUGUCCUUACUGACAAGGACACUCCUGACUGGCACUGGGGAAGAAGAAUGAGCAGUUUUAGGGGACUAGGUCAGAAACUAAUAUCCUGAGACAAUGCUUCAGUGGGCAGGUCAGAGGAAAGAGAAGCAUGAGCAAGGAGCAUUGCCCUGGGACAAGCAGCUGUGUCACAUUCACAUUUAAUGAAUUCUGUGACAGGAAUGAGAUCCGGGUGAGAAAUGGGGAGACAAACUAUUCUACAAUUCAUAGCUUACUGUGGUAGAUGAAAGAUUAAUUAGGGUUCCGGUGUUGAGGGAAUCUCCUAAUUCCUAAGUCUUAGGAAUCGGGGGGAGAUGGAAUCUCAACUAUGUUGCCUCAGCAGACGGAAAGACAGAAGAAACACCGGUCUAGAGCAACACCUCAGGAUCUACGAUGGUUUAGGAAGUAUGCUGUAGUGUUUUUUAACAAAUGAGAGAUUACUCUCUUCAGUCUAUCUAUGUAUAUUCUUAUGGGAAAAGCACUGGUGGUGGUAUCAACAGAUAUGAAUUCUGCUUCCAGAUGUCUUAUGUGUAAGUCAACCUGCCUCCAUUUCCCUUUCUGUAAAGCAGAAAAAUGUUUACACCUUAAUCUGCUUCUCAGGGAUACCAUGUUAAUAAAAAUUAUAUCUAUAUAGUGCCCAGUGUUCCUUCCAGGUAUUUUUCUUUUUCCAAAUGUAUAUAUGGAAAUUAUGAUUAAUUUGUUGCUGGCAGAAAAGAUAAAUCUUUACUUGCUUUUUUUGGCUCCCUGUGUGGGGUUACUAUAAGCCUGCCUUUAUGAAUCUUUAUGGUCUAGUCUGAGAAACAAAUUAGAAUGUGGCAAAAGAGAAAACAGAAUGAAAAUCCUUCCUCAGUAUUUGUACCCUUAUCCAUUAGGACAAUCCACUGGGACCUGUCAUAACUGAAAGAGUCUUACUUUAAAAGACCCAGGACCAGCCCUUCAACCACUAGGUGAAGAGAAUGUGCAAAGGGAAUAGUGCAAAGGCAGAAUCUUUCUGGGGAAAACUCACUUCAUCUCAAGCUACCUCACAAACCACGAUCUGCCACCCAGUCUGCUACUUCUGAGGAUGGAAGAAACAAGAAAUAAUACAUAGUGUUCAAACAUCCUAAGGAAGAGAAACCAUGCCCACUGCUGGGGAGCAAGAGGAUCUAUGCACACCUCCCUUUUAAUACUCGUAAGACCUUUGUGGGACAGACUGGGUGGCAUGUGCAGCAGAGGAAGCAAGACUAUAUUAGCAUAAAUAAUCUCAUAAGUUC